AGACGGACAUCUUGGAACCAGGCAGGCGGGCUGCUCCGGUAACCAUGCCCGACGCUCGAGUGUAGUACCCAUGCAAUGAAGUGGGGGCACCACGUCAGGCCUGGCCCACGCUGGUAGCGACCCCAGGCAGCUAUGCCUUCCGGAUGCAGGAUGGACAGCCAGGGCCCGGAAUGGUGCAGGUCCUGUCCACUGGAGAAUGGGAGGAACCCUUGGCAGUGGAGCGAGAGCGGGCAAUAGGGUACUUGAGAAAUGCAACCGCAGUAGAGGGAGUGACGGAAGCAGAGAGGUGGCGAGCUCUAGGGGGAGCGAUAGAUCAGCACACACUGGUAUGGUUGAUGUACCGGGCAGAGAAGCGAUAGGAGGCAAUGCACAAGCGGCUGCUGAUGAUUUGGAGGUGGAGGGAUAUAGAAGAAAUGCUAGAGGCAGACCCAGUUCAAGCCAUGGACAUAGCGAAGGCAUGGCGAAGGAUGAAAGUGGAGGCAAGGGAGGAAGAACUGGGCAAGUGUAACCGGACAGAGAUGGAGAUUGAUUUGCAGAGCUCUGAGCCUGUGUAUCAAAGGAGACGGAGACUGAGUCCAGGGGAUCGCGACAUCGCUAUAGCCAAAUGCAAAGAGGUGCUAGCAGCCAGCUUGAUUCAAGAAUCAACAUCAGAGUAUGCAGCGGCAACUGUGGUAGCGGUACACAAGUACUUGACAGGAGAAAUGCUAGCAAGACGGAUGUGGGAGGAUUAUCGAGGCCUGAACCGCAUGACGAAGAGCGAUAGGUACCCCAUGCCGAUGGCGGAGGAGAUUUUUGACAAGCUGGCGGAAGGGAGGAUUUACUCAACUUUAGACCUCCGGCAGGGAUUCAAUCAGAUCCCGAUCAAGGAAGAAGAUAAGGCCAAGACCGCCGACUAUCCAAAGAAAUGCCACUUCGGGGUUACGACAGUAGCUUACCUGGGGUUUCAGGUGGGAGAAGGCGGGCUCUCGGUGCAGCAGGCGAAGGUGGAGGUGGUUGACAGGCUGAAGGCGCCCACGGAUUGUAGCACGCUAAGAGCGCAGCUGGGAUUCCUGAGCUACUACCGCAGGUUCAUCCCGAACUUCAGCAAGACAGCCAAGCCACUAAGUCAGUUGUUGAGAAAGGAUGAAGGAUGGAAGUGGUGGAAAGAGCAAGAGAGAGCAUGGACCACCCUCAAGGAGGCCGUGAAGACGGCGCCGCUGCUGAAGCUGCCUAACCCAGACGAGCCUUUCCUGCUGUACACAGACUGGAGCAGCAGUGGGAUGUGCACCGUGCUCUGUCAGGAGGAAAAAGGAACAGAGAGGGUGGUGGCGUACGUCAGCAGGUCAUGUAGCCCGGCGGAGAGCAAUUAUAGCUCGUACGAGGGAGAGGGGUUGGCGGCAGUGUGGGCGGUAGAGCUGUUCCGGCCCUACUUGCAGGGGAGGAAGUUCACGCUGGUGACGGAUCACCAACCACUGCUCUGGCUGAUGACGAACCAAACCCUGAAGGACCGGAACGCUCGAUGGGCUAUGCAUCUACAGGAGUUCGAGUUCGACGUGAAGCAUCGACCGGGGAAAGACUUGCAGCAUGUGGAUGGCCUAACUCGCCAGAGGCAAGAGGGAGACGAGAGGAGAGAGGUGCGGGCAGAGGCCGCACUUACUUGUAUGGCGGUGGCCCUGGAGAAGGAGGGAUGGAACCGGAAGACAGAGACAGCAAAGGGCAGUUGAGAGAUUUGGGAAGACCAGCCAG